AUGAACGCCUUCCCAUCAUCUCUCAAAACAUUCCUCUUCUCGAUUCUUUUUGCCACGUUGCUCGUCUACGCCGCCGGACAGACGCCGUCCAGUGAAGACGUCGAGCCACAGGAGGAGCAACAACAGAAAGAGCUCAUUGCUCCAGAUGAGUACAUUACUCCAGAGAUCAUCGAGCAAACUAACAACUUCUGCCAGCAGUGCAUCUUCGUGGAUUACGGUAGAUCAUCCAACGGAAAACCGACAUUCAUCAGAUUCGGAAAGCGUGCUUCUCCAUCGUUCAUCCGUUUCGGCAGAAAAUGA